GUGCUUGACAUUUCGGACACUGAAAUACGGGAGCUACCUGAUGAAAUUAGGAUGUUAAAGAAGCUGGAAAUUAUAGAUGCACGUGGUUCUGAUUUGAGAGGUAACAUUCCAAGUUGCAUUGGGAGAUUAUGAUGUUUGAGAUACUUAAGCAGCUUUUAUUCUACAAGAAUUCGAAGCCUACCAACAAGCAUUCAUACCCUUGACUUAAGAGACUGCUUUAAUCUCGAAGCACUGCCAGAGCUUCCCUCGAGUUUACAAGUUCUGCUGUAGAGUUGCGGAGUUUUCAUGUUACCCCUAAUCUUGCAAAUCUGGUUAAUCUACAAGUCCUGCGGUGUUAUCAGAUUCCUGACUACAUGAAUCAGAUAAUUUUCAGUGAUAUUGUUAAAUUAUCCAAAUUGCAGAGGUUGGACUUUGGAUGUAGCAACAAGAAAGGGAUUGAUGCCCUUUCUCAGCUCAAAUUCCUCAAUCAACGCGAAGGACUUCAAUGUAUAUUGGGUAUACCUCCCAAUGUGGUUGUUGGUGGUCUGUCAUUGAAAAGACUACCAAAUCUGUCAAAUCUGAAGCUCUUGUCGGAAUUGCAGCUUUCUGGGUGCGAUAAGCUGACAAAGAUUCAAGGGCUUGGGAAACUACAAUUAUUGACGAGUUUGAGAAUAGAAUAUUGCUUUAAACUGACAAAGAUUGAAUUACUUGGAAAUCUAGAAUUACUAGAAAGUUUGACAAUACAUGAGUGCGAUAAGCUGACAGAGAUUCAAGGACUUGGAAAUCUAGUAUCGCUGGCAAGUUUUUGUAUGCUUAGGUGCUUUAAAAUAGUUGAACUUGAUCUGCGCGAAUGUUUGGCACCUCUAGCAUCCUUAGAUAUGAGUGGGUACAAACAGCCUGAAAAUAAACCAGAUCGGUUCAACUUAAACAAGUUAAAAAGAUUUGAAGUUGCUACUUGCUGGGAUCUCAAUAAAAUCGAAGGACUACAUUUAUUGGUAUCAUUGGAAUGUUUGUAUUUGUCGGGUUGCUGGGAUCUAUCAAACUUGAAAAUGUUGCACCCUGAAAAUAAAUCAGAUCGGUCCAACUUAAACAAGUUAAAAAAAUUUGAAGUUAUUGCUUGCGAGAAUCUCAAUAAGAUCGAAGGACUACAUAUAUUGGUAUCAUUGGAAUAUUUGAAUUUGUCGUAUUGCUCAUCCAUGGUAAGAAUGCCGAAUCUAUCAAACUUGAAAAUGUUGAGACACUUGCGGCUCUAUAAGUGCAUGAGCUUACGUGAGAUUGAGGGCCUUGAGGCUUUGGAAGCCUUGGAGGAACUGGACAUCAGGUGGUGGUCAUCGCUGGAAAAAGUACUGCAUCUGCCAAACACACAUAUUAUUUCUGGUGAUUAUGAUGAAGAUUCUGAUGAUUCUGAUGAAGAUUUCCAUUGAGCCUGGUUUGGUUCCCCUUCUUGUUCGACAGAUUGUAUGCAGUAGCAUGUUUUUCCACUGCUCAGAUUAUUCCAUCAUUGUGGCUUUCCUUUCCUUGAUUACUUGCUCAUUAUCUUUUCUUUUUAUUUAUCAAUUCAGGUUCUCAUAUAGGAAAUUAAGUUGGGUGGAAUAAUCAAACAUUGGUGAAGAGCAUAGUAUCAAAAGAAUACUCCUAGUAAGAAAGGUACUCUAUUGGUAUGUCCCUGUUCAUAUAUGGUUUGAGAAUGAAGCUUAAUGAUGGCUUUGCUUUCAUUGGUGAUAAAGGUGAGCUUCUUUCUUGUAUUGCAGAUCAGAAAUUAACGGAGUCUGAAGCAGACAAGUGAGGUGAGGACGUACAAAAAGAGGUAUAAGGUGAAUCCACAAGCAUUAUGAAAGAAAUGGUAGCUUACAUUAUGGAACACGGAUGGCAACAAGCUUGUCAAAAGGGCUGUGAAGAAUAAUUUUCAGAUGU